ACAAAGCGCGGCCUCGUGAUUACUCCCUCCCUGAGCGCAGCACAUCCAGCAACGCGGCUCACGGGCGCAAGCAACGCUGACCACGGCGUUUACUCGCACGAGAGAAGCUUACUGUACCUCGUUCCCAUAGCUCCAUUCCCAGGCUCGCAGCCUACCACACGCACCGGCACGGCACAGACAAUGGCGAAGAGCUUCGACGUGAGCGGCCCUCGACACGUGAAGCUCCGCGGCCUGGAGCGCACCGUCACGAUGGUGGACGGCGUCUCCGUGACGAUCGCCCACUCGAUGUUCGUGGAGGGCGACGCGCGCACGCUGGCCCAGCUCCUGCCGCUGGCGCUCAUGCGGACGUUCAACAAGCACCCGCGGAUGCGCGCGCUGCAGGUGCGGGCCGACGAGUUCACGGCCGAGAUCCAGGAGCCCGUGGCCAUCAGCGACAUCUCGACGAUGGGGCUGCUGCGGGUGCGGCGGUUCUCCCAGUCCAGCGACGACGCCAAGCCCACGUUCGACGAGUGGCAGCAGUACGCGGCCGACCAGUGCAACAUCGGCUUCAACCGGUACACCAACUUCCCGUUCUACCUCACGGCGUGGGUGGACGAGAAGGCGGAGCAGGCGCGGCUCAUGCUCUUCUCGGAUCACUACAUGUCGGACGGGCUCUCGGGUAUUAUCGUGCUCAACUGCAUCCUCGAGCAGGUCGCACUACUGGCUUCGGACGAAAACGCUCUACGCAGGAGCCACGAGGUAGAAUACCCACUGCACCCCUCGUUCUACGACAUGUGGAUGUCCAAGAAGUUCCUGUCCAAGGGACUGAUGAAGGGCGUCAUCUCGACCUUCGGCAAGGCGAUCUACCGCAGCGAGAUGAAGAAGUUCCACCCCGUUCUACCGAUUCGCGACGACCAGCAAGACUUCGCGGUGCCUCCUGUCUCGAACCCGACCUCGGCCUCCUUCGCGCAGGGAGAUCCGAACUGCAUGCGCGAAGGGCUGGCGAAAUGCAGGAACGAAGGCGUCACAUUCGGUGGCGCGGUAGUGUGCGCUACCCUCCUCGCGUUCUACCACGCAGCUCAAAACCAACCGAGCUUCAAGCCGGACGAGCCGUUCAAGAUCACAGCCGGGCUGGACUACAAUAUGCGCCGGCGCGUGCCUGAACCUGCAGAGGAGGACCAUGUCGGGGCGUACGUAGGGUUCGCGCUGCUCGAGUGGCUCUCCAAAUCGGGGGUCAAUAUGAAGAAGACGAAGUUCUGGGACCUCGCGCGCCAGGCGAAGAAGGAGAUCGACGGGAACCUGGAUCAGACUAUGCAGAUGGCAGCCGUGCCGAUCGUCCUCGACCGGCGGUUCAACAACAAGAUGGAUCCCUCGUUCGCUGAAGCGCUCAACGUCCACCAGUCGCAGGCGGCAGACGCAAACAUCUCCAACCUGGGGCGUUAUCCGUACGCCAAGGAGUUCUCGCUCUCGUCCAAGAGCGAGAGCAAGGCCAAGCUCACAGUCACGAGUCUGCACGUGUACAACCCGAAUCCGCACUUGAGUCCUUCAGCCAUUCUCAACGUCACGUCAGUGGACUCCUUCUGCUACUCCAUGGGCUACAAGUGCGAGGACGACGCGGCCAAAGCUCUCUUCACUGCGUGGGUCGCAGUGUGUGAGCACCUCGGCAAUAUUGGGCAUGAGGAUACAAUGACGGAGGUACUGGAACAGCUCAACCUGUAG